CUUUGAAAACCCCCCAUGGGGAUUCUGUAUCUUAUCGUUCGCGCACAUCACUUCUUCCUUCCCACACAUCGCUUCUCCUCCAGCCUCCCCUCGAAAAACAGAGAAGAGUAGAGCACCGCCGACCGAAAAAUGGUUCAACGACUCACAUACCGUAAACGGCACAACUAUGCUACCAAGUCGAAUCAACAUCGGGUUGUUAAAACCCCUGGUGGUAAGCUAGUAUAUCAGACUACCAAGAAGAGGGCUAGUGGACCUAAGUGCCCUGUUACUGGGAAGAGAAUCCAAGGGAUUUCUCACUUGAGACCUGCUGAGUACAAGAGAUCAAGAUUAUCCAGGAACAGAAGAACUGUUAAUCGUGCUUAUGGUGGUGUGCUUUCUGCAGGUGCUGUAAGAGAAAGUUAUUCUCAUAAAAUGUUUUGAUCAAGGACACAAAUGAAUGUCUUGAAGAAUGGUUUGAAGACCUGAUAGAAAUGAUUUGAAGAAUGAAUCAAGGAUUCAUCACACUUACAGUUUAAGAAUGUUGUUUUUUUUUAAGAAUUACACUUGUUAUUCUUUCAGAAUAUUAUUGUUCAAAAAUGUUUUUUUUUGUAACACGAUCAUACAAUGUAAUUAUUUGAUAUAUUAUUAGUUCAAGAAUCGAUUUUGUGUAUU